AUGUCAGCUGCUGCAGCGACGAAUAAGCGCAAGCGCACGCGUAGCCGGAGAACGCGGACCGCCAUAUACGAAGACGGAGCUUCGUCAUCGUCGUCGUCGUCUUCAUCCUCAAGCGACGACGAAGGCAGCAGCGACUCAGAUUGCACUGCUAACAAUCUGAAAGGGAAGGAAAAAUUGAAGGAUGAUAAUGGAGACGUGACGAUGAACAGAGCGUCGGAUUCAUCGGACGACGAUUCAGACUCGGACUCUGAUUCAGAUUCGUCGAGCUCCUCUUCGUCGGGUAGCAGCUUGGACCUCACCCUCCCUCGCGGAAAGCGAAGAACAGCUACUGCAAUUGCGGCAGUGGCAGCCGUGGAAAGGGCCUCGGCUGCUGCUGCUUUCGAGGAUAGUCCAACUUCCCAGGCUCGUCCAGAUCCUUCGGCCAUCACAGGGCCUGCAAAUGCGACCGCAAGUACGAGUAUGCGCAAGCCUCUACCUCCCCAGGAGAAGGUUGCAGCAGUGUCCGCAACCGAGCUGCUGAGUGGCAGAGCGCGGCGAACUGUCUUGCGCCAGCAAGAGCGUGAGCGCGAGCGGUCAAAGCGGGCGCGCUUCACGCCAUCUCCGAGCGCCUCCGACGACGACGGUGACGACGGCAUCGGCGCGGCAUCGGGGCAUCUUAGGGGGAUAGAGAAGCUGCACGGCCGCUCGUUGCCGCCUGCAGAAGAGAUGUUCAGCGCGAACUUCCUCCCGCCGCUGCCGCGCGCCAAGAGGAGCCUCGGCUUGGCACCUGAGAAGGAAGAGGAGAUCGCCGCGAUGCUCGAGCUCCGACAGAGGAUAGAUGUGGCGCUCGCAACCAAGCAGGCUAGUUAUUCAAGCGAUGGAGACACUGAAAGGGCACAUACAACCAAGCAGCGCGACGAGACGGAGCAGAAGGCGCUGCUCGAGGCGCAGGAGGAGAAGAAGGAGAUGUUCCGAGAUAUAUGGAUGAAGGCUGUUGCGGAAGAGUUUGGCGAGGAGCUUAACAAUCUGCGUCAGCGCGAGCCAGCGCUUACAGAAGUAGCUGGCCGCCUACCCCUGCUCAUCGACUCGCUUCGAUCCGGCGCUGACGUCUUCCGCAUGGGCACCAAGUCCAAGUCAUCCGAUGGUCGGAACAACGCCGACAUAGACGAGGUGCAAGUCGUGCUUGAAGCAAACGAACGCGCACAGCAGCGCUGUCAACAAAUAGAUGCAUCACUGUAG